AUGUCUUUUCUCACCCCCGAGAACUACAACAACGCCGUGGCCUUCGUGAUGGCGGCCUACGCCCUGCAGUUCCUCUUCAUGCCCGCGAAAAUAAUCACCGAUCACUUCAAAGCCACUACGCCGGCAAUUGCGCUCUUCGUCGCUCGCGGCAGCGCGGCCCCGAUGCUGUCGAUGGCAUACGCGAUGUACAAGAUGCAGGACCUGCAGUACACCGUGGUCUCCACCAUCAUCGUCGCCUUCAUGUACCCGCUCAACGCCAAGUACAACAUCUUCCAGAAGCUCAAGGUCAUCUACCCCAUGCACUACGUCCCGGAGGCUCUGAUGACGACGCUCACCACCACGGGCAUCUACCUGCUCGCCCAGUAA